GCUUGGGACAUAUAAACCCCCUCUCUUCUUCCUCUUUACUCACUCUUCCAAUUUCAACCCUUUCAACGUUUUCUCCAAAAUCCUUUCCGCUUCCAUUGUUACCUUCUCAAAUCCAGGACAUUGCUAAUAGCUUUCGGUUACUUGGCUUAGCUAAAGAUGUGUGGUGGAGCUAUCCUAGCUGAUCUCAUCCCUCGCAACCGCGGCCGCUGCAUCAGAGCUUCUGAUAUCUGGCCUAACUCAUCCUUCUCUAAACCACCCUUCGAGUCAUUUGACAACCAAGAAUCUCUCUCUCUCAAAAGAUCCCAACCCGCUUCAGGUGAUGAUCGUGUGAAUAAGACCCCCGCCAAGAGGCAGAGGAAGAACUUGUAUAGAGGUAUCAGGCAACGCCCCUGGGGCAAAUGGGCUGCUGAGAUUCGCGAUCCAAGGAAAGGAGUCCGCGUUUGGCUUGGCACCUUCAACACCGCCGAAGAAGCUGCUCGAGCCUACGAUAGAGAGGCCCGCAAAAUUCGCGGCAAGAAAGCCAAAGUUAAUUUCCCAAAUGAAGAUGACGUGUACUCCACUUCCCAAAAUCACCUUAAUCUGCCUCCCCAUCGGAAUCCCAAUCCCUCCAUGUAUCAACCCCUCACUUGCAAUUUCAGCAAUCCGCCCAAAAGUUAUGAAUUUGGGUUCGGUUACGAUUUAAACAGUAUUGGAUCCCACGCUUCUAAUGGCAUGAAUACUGAACCUAUUUUUGUUUCUGGCGAGGAGAAUUCUGGGUCUGGUUCAGAGGAGGAAGCCUACUCAAUAAGCAACAAUAAUUACAUAAGUGAAGUUAAAGUGAAACAAGAAGAGGAGAAAAUGGAGGCAGGGAAGAUGAACAGUGGGGAGGUGGUGAUAGUGGCCGGAAAAUCUCAGCUUCAAGAAAGCGAAGUGCAGAAGCUGUCGGAGGAGCUAAUGGCUUAUGAAAAUUACAUGAAAUUCUAUCAGAUUCCUUAUUUGGAUGGACAGUCGCCGGCGGUGAAUGCCACUCAGGAAAGCCUAGUUGGGAAUCUCUGGAACUUUGAUGACGAUGGUAUUGCUGCGGCAGUCACCUCUGUCGCUCUGUAGCGACUUGCGGAGCAAUUGUUUUGUUAUUAGGUUGUUAUCUGGUAUUCGGGCGAGGUUGGCGCUGUAAUUUACAGGGGGAACCAUGAUUUUGGCUUGUCUAUAUAUAAUUUGAUUCCUAGUUUUUUUUUUUUUUUUGCCCUUUUAUGCUAAUUUUCAUUUUAUGUUCAAGAUGUAAUUUUUAUGUUUUAAUAAUAAUGAAUUGUUCCCUGUAUCAUGUUCAUUGCUGAAUCCCUUGUAGCUAAGUUGUCAAAUGCCCUCCAACUCCCAUGUGUAAAAUAUUCCUAAUAACAUUUAUGCUUAUUUUAAAA